AUGGCGGAGCUGAUCAAAAAGGAUGCCGAAGCUCCUCUGCGCUUCGAAAGCUCUUCUGCCCUGGCUUCUCACUCCUGGGUCAGCAAGAAUCUGAGCCGCUCGUUUCCUUCAAGCGAAGUGAGGAAUAGCCCAAUGAAGUGGGCAGACUGGAUUGACAGGCUCCUUCCAAGGUAUGGAGCUCACUGGAGGAGGGCUGGCAUAUAUGAUCCAUACUUCUGUCCAAGCAGUCUAUCAAUAGGGACGAGAACCUCCUAG